UCAGAUACAAACGGAACAUGCUAUGAAUUCACUGAUCUCGGGUUACACCACUCUGUUGUUGGAACAGAACUGAAGGUCCAGUUGUUAAUUUAUACCAGGGAAAAUCGACACUGUGCUGGGGAUCUGAAUCGGGAGAACACAACUGCUUUUCAGUAUCUAAACGUAGCAAGGAAAACCAUAUUCAUCACUCAUGGCUAUCGGCCUACUGGAUCUCCUCCUGUGUGGCUGGAUGACAUUGUCCAGAAAUUGCUCACUAUCGAUGACUUUAACGUCAUUUUAGUGGACUGGAACCGAGGAGCCACAACUGUGAUCUAUCACAAUGCUGCUGCAAAAACCAGGAAAGUGGCCGACCUAUUGAAAAACUUCAUUGACCAGAUGUUGGAUCAAGGAGGAUCUUUAGACCUAAUCUAUAUGAUAGGUGUCAGCCUUGGUGCACACAUUUCUGGAUAUGUUGGAAAAAUGUACAAUGGUUCCAUCAACCGUAUAACUGGCCUGGAUCCAGCUGGUCCAUUAUUCAAUGGGAAGCCUCCUGAGGACCGAUUGCACCAUACGGAUGCACAAUUUGUGGAUGUCAUUCACUCAGAUACUGAUGGUCUUGGCUAUAAGGAGAGCUUAGGAAAUAUUGAUUUCUACCCAAAUGGAGGAACAGACCAACCAGGAUGUCCAAAAACAAUAUUAUCAGGCUCUGAAUAUUUCAAGUGUGAUCACCAGCGCUCUGUUUUUUUGUAUAUUGCAUCUUUAAAUGAGUCUUGCAGUGUUGUUACAUUUCCUUGUGACAGUUACAAAGAUUACCGCACUGGGAAGUGUGUGGAUUGCACAGCAUAUGGACCCCUGGGCUGUCCAGUAUUAGGUUUUUACGCUGACAAGUGGAGAGAUUAUCUGGUGGCGAAGAAUCCUCCAGUGACGAAGGCUUAUUUUGAUACGGCGUCGGUGAAACCGUUUUGCAUGUUUCAUUAUUACUUGGAUUUUAUUACGUCAAACCUUAAUCAAAGGAGGGGUUAUAUUACCAUCAAAGUUGAAUCUACAUCUGGAAACACAACUGAGUCAAAGUUGGACCAGGAUGCUGCCUUGUUUGAUAAAAAUCAGGAAACGACCCUGCUAGCCAAGUUUGAUCAGGAUUUUGGGCAGAUUUCAAGAAUCUUUGUGACAUUUACCACAGGAUCUUUGGUAGGACCAAAAUACAAGCUGCCAGUUCUAAGAAUGAGGCUCCGAUCCACAGCAGAUCCUUACAGGACAUCAUUCUGUCGAUAUGACUUUGUAUUACAAGAGAACAUUCAAGUGGAUUUUCUGCCAGUUCCCUGUAAAAACUCCAACUUGUUUUCCUCGUGUUGCAGUGAAAACACACAGCAGUGCCCAACACCAUGGAAAUCUCAGUGGUAG